AUGGAAGAAAAUAAGAUUUUGGUUACUCAACUAACAGACGAGCAAAGGAGAAUUUAUGAUGAUGUCCUUGAUGACGUUAUAAAUAAAGCAGGAGGAUUGUAUUUUGUAUAUGGAUAUGGUGGAACAGGAAAGACUUUCCUAUGGAGAGCGUUGUCUUCUGCGUUAAGGUCAAAGGGGGAUAUUGUGUUAAAUGUUGCCUCCAGUGGGAUAGCAUCUCUGCUUUUACCUGGUGGACAGACUGCGCUUUUUAGGUUUGCCAUACCUAUAUCUAUUAACGAAGAUUCAACUUGCAACAUUAAUGUAGGAAGUUCAUUGACAAUGAGGGAUUUGAUGCAUGCGAAAAAUCCAAACAGUUAUAUGACAUUUGGCGGUAAAACUGUGGUUUUUGGAGGGGAUUUUAGGCAAAUUUUGCCUGUCAUUCCUAAGGGCACAAGGCAAGAUAUAGUAGGUGCAAGUAUAAAUUCUUCGUAUCUUUGGAGAAGUUGUAAAGUCUAUAGGUUAACCAAGAAUUUACGACUAAGGUGUUUAGAAUCUAACACUCAAGUACAUGAGAUUGAAGAAUUUGCAAAGUGGAUUGCUAAUAUAGGGGAUGGAGAAAUUGGAAAUUCAACAGAAGGUUAUUCUGACCUUAAUAUUCCAGAUCACUUAUUACUGAGAUUUAAUGAUGAUCCUAUUGGUAUUAUCGUUGAUAGCACAUUUCCUGGUUUUCUUAAUGGCAACCAUGAGCUAAGCUGUCUAAAGAAUAUUGCUAUUUUAGCGCCCACUUUGGAUGUUGUUGAUCAAGUUAAUGAAUAUAUGAAUUAG